AUGAGCUCAACAUCCUUAUGGUUCAUUCCGAAGCAGGAGGAGGAGGAGGAUCAAUCCCAUAAAUUUCAACCUGAUGAUGAUUCAUCCAGUGGUUGGAGGAAUAGUUUCCGUAGCAAUCCUGAUGAUGAGAAUCGGAAGAAGAAUGGAAAUUUACACGAGCAUCCUCAUGAAGAUUUUCAAUAUUUGAAGAAGAAAAAGCCUUCUUUGGCGAUGCAUGGAGCAUCAUGGUCGCCUUAUUUGGAAAAUUUGGAAAAUUCAGACAAGAAGAUGUUCUCCUCGAGGCCGUCUUCUUCUUGUCUCUCACCACAACAGAAUAGUUAUGAAAAUUAUUAUUUUAAUUACCUAAUCGAAUUAGAAAAUUCUGACAACAAUAAUUCAUCCAACAACACCAACUCAACACAACCAUUUAUGAUCAAUGUGUCAGAUUCAUUUGCGGGUAUUGGAUUUUCGUAUUACCUUUAUUAUUUGUUUGCCUUUUUAAUUUGGUUGGUGUUUUUCGAUCAUGUGAUACCUGGGAACUCAUUGUGGAAUGUGACAUUUUCAACACUUGCUUUCACACUCGUAACAAUUAUUAGCUUGAUUACGAUCCAUAGAGCGAAAAUUGCAUCAUCGAGGUGGUCCUAUUUAUUAUUAGCUGCAUGUGAAGUGCUCUGUGGAUUUUUAGCAUACACUGUUUAUGUGAUUCGAUUUUUAAUGACGAAAAAUGGAAUCGACCGACAGAAGAUCUUACAAAAUUUGCGAUCAGAAUUCAAGAAUGACGAUUCUCGAUUAGAAUUUAUUCAAAAUGAAGUCGCACGUCGAAAAUGGACACAAAGUCACACGUUACAAUUGCAUCCACCUGCUGGUACCUUUGUAUUUUACAACAGAAUUUAUUUGCAAGAUGAAUAUUUACCCAGAUUUAGAAAAACUCUUUUCCAAAAUACUCUUCGAAGUAAUAACCAUGGUCAACAACUAGUGAGUGGCAAUAAUUUGGAAGCAUCGUUAUUGGAGACGGACCCUAUUAUCAGUAAUACCGAGAAUGACAUUGCAGUUCAUUCAUCCUUUCAAUCAUUGCAGUCCUUAGAGGAUUUUUCACACAAUCAUCAGUCACCACCAACACCACCACAACAACAACAAGAAUACGUGCCUCCACAAAUUACAACUGGCACCGACACGGACAACAUUACCACAACAUCCGUGAACGCACAAUCAUUUUAUUAUACAAAUAGAGAGGAUGGAACAAUGACAAGUGUUGAUUUGAACUCAUCUCCUAACAAUUUGAUUUACUAUGAAAUUGAAAUCGCAAAGGGAUGGGCUGAUGCAUUCAUAAGGUCUUUUUGUUUCCAAAUUUAUCUCUUUGGAAUGCAAGCUAAAUAUCGAACACCAUAUGCCUUCUCGUCUAUUGUGGAUGUCAAUAGGGGAUUUUCCUUAAUGAAAUUUCUCAAUAACAAGAUUUCUUCGUUAAGACAACGAUCUCGCCGCAGUAGAGAUGCAAUCAAUGAUUCUACUCUUGAAAAUAGUGAUUAUGUGACAUUUGACACUCUACUUAAAGAACAUGGAACGAAGCAGUCACAUUUUAAAAGCAAACUUUCAGUCGUUUCUUCUUCCGCAACAAAUGAUCCAUCAUUUUCAGCCGAUGAAACAAAUUUUCAAUUCAUAGAAGAGGAAGUGACUCCCAAAGAAAUUACGCUUCUCGAAUCCAGAGAACAUUUAAUACAACAAGCAAACAAAUCGUCCUAUUCGAUUAUGAACGAUCUUGAGGAAGGAUGUUGCAAAGUGACAUCGAGUGUGAGACCUCCCGUUCAAUUUGGGAUGUUUGCUCCAACUGAAAAACAAGCUGCUAUCAGUAUUGGUUUUCAAGUCUCUAGAGUGAUCAUUCCAUUCAUUUUAGAAAUGGCUUCUGAAAUUCUACUACCCACUGACCAAAUUGAACCCAUUCGAUAUUUUCAUAAUUUUAUUUCACAAAUGUUUUUUGGCCUAUUUUACAAUUAUCUCUUUGUGAAGGUUGAGACUUGGGAAAAUUUUUUCCUUCUUACAUUUAUCAAUUUUAUUUUCCUUCUUGUACAAUAUCCUUUAAGGGCAACACGAACUUCCUAUUUUGUGACGCAAAAAGUGAAAUAUUGGAUUUUAUAUAUUUUUGGUGUGAAAAAGUUCUAUCCUUCUCUCUUUUAUAGAAUUACUUUACAAACCUAUGAGCACUAUUUGAGGAACAUUUGUGCCAAGUUUUACUUGUAUGAGAUUUCAAGUUUUGCUUCGACAUUGUCGUUUCUUAUUUUCACCAAAAUUUUGAAAAGCAGUGAAUACAACUUCCAAAUGUAUCCCAUUCUGAGAGAUCGAUAUGUAAACGAUAGUCAAUACGAGUUGAGUAUUACCUCGCAAUCAUUAGUGUUACUCGCCUUGGAAUUCCUCUUUAUUGUAAUCAUUAAUGUGUUGGUAUUUAUUGGAACGAAAAAGCACAUUUCAAUUGUUGGAAGAAAAUUAACUGUCGAGGAUGCAAAAACUAGAUUCUUGUUUGCAAUAUUCAUGUUGCACUUUUUGAAUGAUAUUCACUAUUUUAUGCAACGAGCACCAAAGUUUGAUUAG